AUGGCAGCUAUUAAUUCUGAUGAUGCCGAAGCCGCGUUCCUAAACGCGAUGAAGGUGUUGCAAGAAUUGGAAAAUACCCAAAAUGACUUGGGUAGUGAAAAUGAUAAGGGUGCGAACGGGCGCGCAGAGUCGCUGGGUGCUCAAGAGAGCUUAGAAGCCGUAUCAGAGUCAGAAGAUGGCACUAGGGGGCUUUCUCCGCAUGAAGAAGAAGAAGAAGUGGAACAAGUGGAAGAAACCGAAGAAGAUCAAGAGCAAGAAGAAGGAGAGGGGGAAGAGCAAGCCGAAGAACAAGAACAAGAUGAAGAUAUUCAUAUGAAAACUCCCGCGUUGGAAGAAGUCUCGCCUGUUGCGUCCCUUCUCCCUGCUACUGUUUCAAGUCCGAAAACAGGAUCUUCUAGUGUUGACGCCUCGGCCAACGAGAAAGAUGCUACUACUCUUCAUCACGACCACUCUACUGUUGAUAUUGGUGCAACUACUCAAGAUUCCUCUGCGCGUUCCUCAGCUGCCCCUACCCGUGCCGACUCUGCGAUAGUCGAUGAUGGUGCCUAUGUUCCUGAUGAGAAUAUUAGUGACCAGACCCCUCCUCCCAUGUUUAUUGACACGAACCCAAAUACUGGUUCUCAUAAUGUUGAUUCACUUCCUGUAUCGGCGUCCGUUGCUUCUCCUCCAGUAUCUACCCUUACCACUACCACUGCCCCUACUCCUACUGUACCAGUACAGAAUUCUGUCCAGAAGACCGCUACUCUUGUUUCAAAUAAGAGGAGAAGACUUCCGCAGGAUAUCGUAGGGCAACUUGAGGACAGGAUCAAGGAAGACCCCAGAGGAGACAUUGAUGCCUGGUUGGCGCUAAUUGAGGAACAUCGCAAAAAGGGAAAACUUGACGAUGCCAGAGCAGCUUAUGAGAGGUUUUUUGUAGUGUUCCCAGCAGCGGCCCAGCAAUGGAUUGCAUACGUUAAGAUGGAGCUGGCAAACAACGAAUUGAUUCGAGUGGAGCAAAUUUUUUUCCGUUCUCUUCUGAAUGUACCCAAUGUUGAACUUUGGUCACUUUACCUCGACUACAUCCGGAGACGCAACAAUCUCACCACCGAUACAGGUGGCAAAGCCCGUGCCAUUGUUUCCCAGGCUUAUGAGUUUGUUCUAAACAGUGUCGGAUGUGACCGCGAAGCCGGCAAGAUCUGGGGUGACCAUGUACAGUUCGUCAAAAGUGGACCAGGUAAUGUAGGCGGGAGUGGUUGGCAGGAUCAGCAAAAAAUGGAUUCACUGAGGAAGGUGUACCAAAAAGCUGUUACCAUGCCCGUGCAAGGAGUUGAGCAGCUAUGGAGAGAGUACGACCAAUUCGAACAAGGGCUUAACAAGCUAACGGCUAGAAAGUUCCUACAAGAAAGAUCGCCACUAUUUAUGACCGCCCGGAGUUGUCUCAUCGAAUUGACAAAUACAACAAAGGGCCUUAGAAGAGAAACGCUUCCACGUCUCCCCCCAGUACCUGGAUAUGAAGGAUACGAGGAUUGGACCAAACAGGUAGAGCUGUGGAAGAAAUGGAUUCAAUGGGAGAAAGAUGAUCCCUUGGUACUAGCCAAGGACGAUCCCGCAGGCUUAAAAACAAGAAUUUUAUAUGUCUUUAAGCAAGCUCUCAUGGCAUUGAGAUUCUGGCCCGAGAUAUGGUUUGACGCGGCUGAAUGGUGCUUCGCGAAUGGAAUGGAUGACCAGGGAGUAGAGUUCCUCAAGCAAGGCAUGGUCGCAAACCCAGAGAGUUGUCUAUUACAUUUUAAAUACGCUGAGCGGCUUGAAGCAACCAUUUCUGUUGAAGGUGGCGAGGAGGCCCUAGUACGGAAGGGCCAAAUGAUUAGGAAGCCGUAUGACGAUCUUCUUAAUGUAUUGUACUCCCAGGUUAGUAAGGCCCAACAAAGAGAGAAAGAAGAGAUUGCAAAACUUGAGGAGGGCUACCAAGACCCUCAAGGAGGCCGAGAUGACGAUGAUUACGACGACCCGGAUAUAAUGGCAGAUAAAUCCGCAAAGGAGUCCCAGAUUGCAUUCAUCAAAGAGUCGACAAAGGCGCAGAUUCAAGUCAUGUCCGGAACUAUCUCAGCGGUUUGGAUCAACCUUAUGCGUGCCAUGCGCCGUGUCCAAGGCCAUGGUAAGGUUAAUGAGCCACUUGGCGGAAGCAGACAGAUUUUUGCAGAUGCGAGGAAGAGGGGCAAAAUCACUAGCGAUGUAUACGUAGCUAGUGCACUUAUCGAAUUCCAUUGCUAUAAAGACCCGGCUGCGUUGAAGAUCUUUGAGCGGGGCAUGAAAUUGUUUCCUGAGGACGAGGAGUUUGCCUUGGAAUACCUAAAACACCUGAUAGCAGAUAACGAUAUCACUAAUGCCAGAGCUGUAUUUGAGACUUUUGUCGGCAAAGCGCCAGCGCAGAACACUAAGAAGAUUUACCAGUAUUUUUAUGAAUAUGAGGCACAUUAUGGUGAUCUCAAUCAGGUGUACAAGCUCGAGAAGCGGAUGAGUGAGCUAUUUCCUGGUGAUCCAUAUCUCAAUCGGUUUUCUACAAGAUACUCUUACAAGAGCGUUGACCCAUGUUCAUAUAUAUCUGUUAUUUCACCAAGCCAACAAUGCAGGCCCAAAUCAAGCGGACGUCAAGAAAUGAUGCAAGAUUACAACCAGGCAGAUAACCGACAACAAAUUCAAGUUGCCAUUCCUAAUGGGCGCGUUGGAGCUGAGCACCGACCACGAAAAGUUUUACGGCCGGACUCACCGCUUAAAGGCGCUGCUGGGCGAAGGCUUGACCAACAGAAACGUGUACAGCAGCAGCAGCAGCAGCAACAGCAACAACAACUACAGCAGCAGCAGCAGCAGCAGCAGCAGCAGCACAACCGAGAGCGUGGUAACUUGUCAGACCGGGAUGUCGGAAGGGACGAUGCACGAGGUGGCUACCAACGCCAGCAGCACCAAGGAAGGCCACAGCAACAGCAGCAACAGCAGCAACAGCAGCAGCCAAUGCACCAGCAACCGCCGCCCCCACCACCAGCGCCUGCACUCCCAGAAAUGUUGAUGUACUUGUUGAGCAUAUUGCCAGGAGCACAGCAAUACCAAGCAGUAAGGUUCAGACCAGAGGCAAUGAUGGGUCUUCUGGCGAGUUUAAAUAUACCUAGAGAUGCGCAGGGUUCUCAAUCAUAUUCGUACCCUAGGUGA